UUAAAUGAAUCCGGCCUCUAAGUAUUAAACAAUUAAAAUAAAUACUAUUAAAGGCAAAAACUACGUCCUAUACGACAGGAAACGUUUGAAAAUGUUCAUAGAGGGCGCGCUAUGCUCAAGUUUGGGCAACGAAAACAUACUUUUUUCCAUCCUGUUUUGCCUCAAAACGCAUUGCUAAGUCGAGAAGCGACGAAUAGUAGACACAUUGAAUUAUAAAUUAUAAACUUCCGUCUUAAUUCGACUUUCGUUACGGAGACGAUUACACAUCAAGAAAGGACAACAAGAUGAAGACUAGUAUCCUAUGUGUGGUAUUGUUCAUCGCUUCUGCCCAGGGUUCCAGGAAACAUGUUCGUGAAUUUGAAAUUCCACAUUCGCAGUCGAAGGACACAUCGCUAGAGUUGUCCAUGUGGAAGGACUUAAUUCACAAAAAGAACCUCACAAAGACAGAGUCAGACCUUAAAGAUGGCUUCUCUUGGAAAGACUGCGGUUCACCAUCGGCAGCUGUGAACAUCCAGUCGCUGUCUUUGGGACCUGCCCAACUGAAGUUCCCUGGACCAAUCAAUGUGGCAUCUGUUUUCACGGUGAAGAAAUUACUGAGUGCUCCACUGAUGGGUCAGGUGUAUGUGUACAAGUGGAUUCUAUUAUUCUACAUCCACGUCAGAACAUACCAUUUCGAUGAUCUGUGCUCCAUUUUGGCUCGAUAUAAGAACAACUGCCCGGAGCAACUGAAGAAGAUAGGGAUUGAUUGCUCUUGUCCGAUUGCAGCGAACACCUACAACCUGAAGGAGACACAGUUGACAGCACCUGCUGUAGCUAUCCCAAGCGGAAAUUACCAGAUAAAGGCUGAGGUUUCAAUGCGUGGCACACAGGCCGCGUGCAUGGAACUCUAUUUUACCGUGGCGUAGGAGUCCGCCUCUGUACGUCACUGAUAUGAAGAGCGCUUUGAUGCCGAGUUUCCUCCUUAACUAUUUUAAGAUCUGAUAUUUGGCUAUUACAAACCAAUUGUUUCGUAAAGGCUUGUUUUGUUGUUUCUUCCGCGCGCUAAUAUUUCUCCAUAAUAACUUACACUAAUCAGGCCUCUUUUCAAGUUUAACAUGUUUUAAAAAAUGCUAUUGAAAUAAAUGAUUUUGGUUCAUUUGAAAAUUAAUUUUAUACAUAUAAUUUGGUAUUGGUCAUUGGCAGUUUAUUUGAUUUUUAUGUGCCAUUAUACCAGGCAGCAGAUACGUGUUAUGUUAACUUGACGACGGUGUCGGCGGUUUGUAGAGUAAUUCGAAAUAUAUUCAAAAACAGUUAUGCAUUAACUUUCUGUACCCUGUGAUUUUAUAUCUUUCUCAAGUUUAUACAACGUUGAUCAAGA